GUGGGUGAUCGUCGCGCGCCUCUUCUCCGCGGCGGUGCUGAGGAGCGGGAGCCGUGAUGUCUCACACAAUUCUACUUGUCCAGCCUACCAAGAGGCCAGAAGGCAGAACAUAUGCUGACUAUGAAUCAGUGAACGAGUGCAUGGAAGGAGUCUGUAAAAUGUAUGAGGAGCAUCUGAAGAGAAUGAAUCCCAACAGUCCGUCCAUUACAUACGAUAUCAGCCAGUUGUUUGACUUCAUUGAUGACUUGGCAGACCUCAGCUGUCUUGUUUACCGUGCUGAUACUCAGACAUACCAACCAUACAACAAAGACUGGAUAAAGGAGAAGAUCUACGUCCUCCUCCGCAGGCAGGCCCAGCAAGCAAGCAAAUAAUGGAGGCACCAUCAUUACAUGGGUUUGGGGGAGGGCUUGGACAACAGGUGUGUACAGAGUGGAGUAGUGAACGUUUUGUAUUAUAGUCAUCCUGUUGCCAUUUUGUUAAACUCUUUUAGCCAGGACUGAAUGUAUUGUUAGAGAUGAAAGGAUUUUGUUGGAUUUGA